AUGUCCGAAUCCGACACGAACACACCCAUCUACAUUCCUAUAGACCUACAGAUCAAUACACUCUCAAGAUUACCUGUGAAGUCUUUAUUGAAAUUUCGAUGUGUCUCCAAGCUUUGGUCCUCUAUCAUCACCAGCCAAAAUUUCCAAAAACGGCAAUUGAAGAUUGCUUCUUCCGAAGCUGCUCCUCGUCUCCUCAUUGCUUUUCAAGACUUCUACCGACGAAAACUUACGAUAGUCUCGUCGCCUAACCCAAACGCAUCUUUGUCUUCCUCAACUUCAUGUUGUGUUGUACCCUACAAAGAUUUGAGUCUACUCAACGUUAAAGGGAAAAAGGUGUAUAAUGCGGGUCGGGGUUUAAUUUGCGUUGGAGGCUAUACAAAUGUUGGACUUUGCAAUCCCAGCACGAGACAGCUGCAUGCUUUUCCCGAUUACAAAUUCAAAGAUUAUCCAACAGUUUUCCCACGCCCCAAGUACAUGUUUGGGUACGAUCUUGUUGAAGAUCAGUAUAAAGUCCUUGCUGUUGAUGAUUUGCCUUGGAGGUUGGAGCAUAAGGUUAUUGUAUUGUACGGGGCUUCCAGGAAAGACACCUAUCCCCCGGAUAGUAAUUCUAUAAUUGUGAGUUUUGAUGUUAGGCUUGAAACGUUUGACAUCAUCAAGGUACCGAGCAAAAUUCUAUCAAUGCAUUAUGAGAAUAUGUGGAUAGUUAGAUGGAUGGAUCCUACCGAUAAAAUUCUGAUUAACUACAGAGGCAAAAUUGGUGUGGUUGAGAAACCUCGUAAGGGUAGUUUUCGAAUGUGGGUUGUGCAAGAUGCUGAGAAUGAGGAAUGGUCCAUGAAAAGUUUUCAUUUGCCACAGUCCGCUCAUGGUCUUGACUUCAACGUCAUGGAUACCUUUUAUACCGGCGAGAUUUGUCUAGUUCCAAAACAAUUGUCUGAUCCGUUUCGUCUUUUCUUUUACAAUUUGGAUAGGAAAAGCAUGAGAAGUGUCACAAUUGAAGGUCUGCCUAUGUCCGAGCUUAUGAGAUUCCGUGACGUUUCUGUGACUGUUUCCGAUUACUACGAGAGCUUAAUGUUCUUUUAG